UGACUAGUUGUUAGGACUACUGCUGAACAAUACUCAGAGGUCGUAAAGACACAGAAUAAUACCCUACUUAAAUUCUUUAUUUCUAAAAUACGAUUCGCGGUCCAAACCACUUUAAUUCUUUAUUAGUGAAGCUGUAAUGGAUGUAGGCAAGCCUUUCAGUGAAUUAGAUUCCAAACUUCAAGCUUUGGCAGAGGCAGCAAUUUCUGUAAAAGCUAAAGCAUAUUGUCCAUACAGUGAGUUUAAAGUUGGGUGUGCAGUUUUGACUGAAAAUGGACAGAUUUUUGAAGGAUGCAAUGUAGAGAAUGCCUCCUAUGGUUUAAGUAUCUGUGCAGAAAGAGUUGCAUUGGUGAAAGCUGUUUCUGAAGGUCAUCUUAAAUUCCAAGCUUUAGCGGUGGUAUGUGAAGUGAAAGACAGCUUUAAAGGAUCGUGUGGAGCAUGUAGACAAUUCAUGGCCGAGUUCGGGCUAAAUUGGGACGUUUAUUUGAUCAAACCAGACAGGACGUGGAUGAAGGUAACGGUGAAGGAGUUAUACCCCCUGGCUUUCUGUCCUGAUGCGUUAAAGGAGCAAAGAAUUUAACCCUUAUAUUUUUUUUUUGAUAAGAGGAUCUACCCUAAACGAAUAUUAGCAAUGAACAAUAUUCAAUGUUGCUGUUUUGAAAACAGAUUUACAGUCUAGAUCACUUACUCAAAAAAAAAAAAAAAAAAAAAAAAAGAAAAUGGAAAAAAAAAAGAUCCUAAAAUUUCAAAUCAUUUCUGUGAGUGUUA